CGGUGGUCUCUCUCCAGCGCCCGCGCAGAGAUUCUCAGAGACGUUGGAGACAACAGUGUUGCCUUGCCACAUUGUGGACGCAAUGGGUUUUCAGUUGGAGCGCAACGUUAGCCGGCGACGGGCGGCGAGCUGCAUGCGAUAUACACCCGAUACACACCCGAUACACACAGUAACGCCGUAGUAACCAGCACGGCCAGCAGGCGUAGGCGGAUCCGAACGUUGCACAACCGCAGCGGCAGAAAAACAACAAGGCGUCGGGGAAGAGUGCCCAGUCCGAGCCCAAGGAGUGUUAAAAGGCCCAUUUUCGAUGGGUUAAAAGGCCAAAAGAGCACUGCUUAACCCGUUGGUGGUGCGGGUGCGCCUGCUUUUUUAUUUGCCGAUUUCGCGUCGUCUGGUCUCCGUUUCCGUGGCCGUGCCAAAAAAAAUCGAUAAUUCCGUGCUGUAUAAGUUACGGCGAAAGGUGUCCGUUCGGGAUUUGAGUUCGGGUGUUUUGAGUACUACGCGGAGGGACCACUGUGCGCGAAAGAGAUUGCAGGAAGAGAGGUUGCCACUCGCCCUACGAAGCUCAAACCCCAAAUUCAAAGUGCGAAAUAUUUACCAAAAUCCGGUUGUUACCGGGUAAGAAUUGAAGUACUAAAGAGAAAAUGUUUAAACUAAAAGGUCCUGUUAGUUGCAAGGCCCUCUAACCGCUCCUGUUACGCGUUAACUACCGAUUUACAACCGAAGAGAGGGAGAGAGCGAGAGCGGGAGAGAGCACGUAAACUGACAUUUUUGCACAAAGGGAAGCGCCGCUUACACCUUACACGCGCGUGGAGAGAGCGGAGAGCCAAGAAUCGCCAAGCGAAGCAGCGCGUAAAAAUAACAAACAAAAAUACAUGCGGAGGAGUAUAAAUAGAAACGGCGUGCAAGGCGCAACGGCGAGAAGUCAGUAGUAUGUAGUAAUAGUAGUGGGAAACGCAGGCGAAGGAGAAGCAGAAGGAGGAGCAGAAAACGCCGACCGCGACCGCGACGCCGACUGCGACUGCGGCGUCGUAGUAAGUUUUCUCCUCCGCGUGUGUGUGCGCUGCGUGGGUGCAUCGUUGUCGCAGUGUGCGUGAGGCUGUGGAGCGAAUAAAGGCCAAAGCAGGAAACCAUGAUAAAGUUUGUCAGGCAGAAGAAUCGAGAAAACACACUAAGGGCAUCCAAAAAUUUUAUGCGUAAAAAGCGUGAAUCGAAUGACUCUGGCACAGAAUCUGAUGGUGAACUCCUCGAUGUGGAAAACCAACGUCACUUAGACGUGGAAAUGGAAACUAGUGUUGCUGGCCAAAAACCAAUCGCUCCUGAAAUGAUGUGUCACCAGCAGACGUCCUCCUGUGCCCAUCUCAUGUACGACCAGCACAGCUCCGAGGAGGAGCUGGAGGUGAUCAACGGGCCGUCCUCGCAGGCGGGUCAGCACUCCGGCGGAACGGCGGCCACGGGCUCCUCGUGCGCCUCCCGAAUCUCGAACCGCGGGUGCACUUCCUCGCUGGACACGGAGGCGCCCUACGAGGAGCGGGCCACCACCUCCAACUCGAAGCGCUCCAGCUCCACGCUGAUGGUGGAGAACCGCAAGCGGUCGCUGGCCCACAGCUCCGACGACGAGUUGCGCAACUCGCUGGAGCCGAUCUUGACGCCCGUGAAUUUUCGCACAUCGCCGCCAUUGGAGGCGUUCAAGCCAAAUCGUAGCCAUAUGAUGUUCCGCUCCACAACGCCACUGAUAUUAUCGGAGGCCCGAUGUGGCAUCGAAAAUAUUAAAUUAUGUGAUAAUAGUGUAAACGAGGAGAACGGCGACAACGGCGGUGGCGGUGGCGGCGGCGGCAACGGCGGCAAGUGUGCCAAGAUUGGCGCGGCCACCGGAACGGGAACCGGAAACGGCGGCAACGAGAACGAGCCGAGUGUGAUCAAGGCGUGCAGCAGCUCGCUGAAGAUGAGCAACAGCAGCCACCACAUCUACCAGCCGCAGCCGAAGUACAGUUUCCACUACAACAGCUCGCGGAGCAGUCCGGCCAGCACCACCGGACUGGACAUGGAGGUGCGCUCGGUCAGUCCGCCGGCGAAACUGUUCCACUGCGCCAUCUCGCCCAGGCGGCGACCCAGCAGCAAUGCCACCACCACGUCGCCACCAUCAUCCGCAUCCGCAUCCGCAUCUGCGUCAGCCGCCGCAACAGCAACAACAACGACACACAACGCUGCCAACGUCACCGCCGUCGCCACCCAGAGACUGCAGCGACCGCAUCGGCCGUGUUUAGAUUUUGAUAAGAUGCAGCAGGUUAGUCUCUAAUGCUAACACCCGGGCAGCCGGAGGAGUCGGAAGGUCCGCAAUCCGUGGGAGUAGGACGGGCAGGUGGACGGUCUGCGGGAACGGGGGCAAAUCAAAGACUUUUAUACGAACCAAGCUGCACCUGUGCUCGGAGCACGACAGGAGCAGCAGCAGCAGCAGAUUCGAGAUUCAGAUUCAGGCAGCGGAGGAGGAUAUCACCAAAUCAAAUUAUAUAAAUCUAAAGGUAAUUCCAGUUUUAACGCAACCAACAAACCAAGAGAAACCUAAAAUUUACAAUAGAUGCAGCUAUUUUUUCACAAUUUUAAACCGAAAAACUGUAACAAGCAAACACUGUAAUGCGGAUCGAACGUUGAAGCAACCCAAUAGAUUUAAAGGAGCUCGGGAGGGCAAAGGAUCGAGGGUGCGAGGGGAGGAGGCCGUAUGGCAGGAGGAUCACAAAGUUGAUUAAAAAUAAGUUAAGGAGUGCUCUGGGUGCAGCGACUGGACGGUAGGGAGCCAGCCAGGGAGACUGUGAACUGUACAUAUUGUAUUUGAGUGGGAUAAACCAAAAACUUUUGAAGAAUUGGCAUGCCAUCGAGGGGGGAACCGAGAAGCGAGUAGAAUGUACUUUAGUUUUUAAGCCGACGAAAAGCACCUGUGGUGAUGUGGCAGAAGACUCAAACUUGAAAAGCAGAAGAUUAUAUUUCUAUGAGACGAAGAAAGCUGGGCCGAGCAGUGGGCGGAAGUGGGGGCAAGGCGGGAAAGUGUGGCACGCACUUGGGACGCAGAAGCAGCAGCAGCAACAGCAACAAUGUGAAGCAACAAUAGCAACUGGAACAACACGAGGACAAGCAAACAAACCUUUUGUAUGGGGACGGGGGCCUGAAGAAAGCUGCCGCAGCGACAGGCGAAGGCAGUUAAAUUAUGUGUUUAAUAGCGAGCUAUUUUAUAAACAAUAUUCAAUUUAUCCACAACUAAGAGAAACGACAAACCACAAACCACAAACCAAAAAGCUGCCAUCAAGAUUCAUGCAUACGAUUGAGGUUUAGUUCUGGCCCGGCAUCCCAGCUGAACAGGAGGCACUGCGUCUCCCGCCGGCUUGGGUGCCGGGCGCACCCACAUGAUUGACUGAUUGAUCGAUGAGACUACGAUUGGAGAGGUUUGCCAGCUCAUAUGUGUGUUAGUCAAGCGUAUUUAUGCCCUUCUUUGUCGAGUAAUGAAGAAACCAAACGAAAAGCGAGUCAUCGCAGCAAGUAACCCAUAUUCAAUUCAAUAAAAACCAAAAGAAACUUAAAAUCAGUAAAUGUGUGCAACCAUAGCCAAGCAAGAGUAAACAGCGUAAACUUUUAAGUGAAGCCAAGCAGCAAGCCAGUGUAAUGCUAAUUUAGUCGUACUCACUAGCGGAGGCAGGCGGAAUUUCAGUUUCCUCCGGAAGCAGGCCACCUUUUUGGUACCCGGCUCAUUUCUUCAGUGGCCACCUCAUCGCCCCACAAAACCACACCAGAGACACUCGACACUUCAACCUACCAAGCAGCAUAAUCCACACCACCAAGACACCAAGACACCAAGAAUACUUAGGAUGGGAGCGGGGACCGAUGGACCGAGGUCGGGAUCAGGCUGGGCGACGCGCAGUGCAGAUUGAUACUGAGACACUGAGACUAGGAAUGCAGUUUUCGUAAUUUUUAAUUAACUAAGCAGAAGCCGAGGCGGGGUCAGAGGCCAGGAGGGAUCGAACAGAUGAAUUAUAUUAUAUACGUGUGACGCUCGGGGAGCGGAGGAUAUCAUGGACUGAGCGCAGGUUAAGGCGUGGAAGGAUGGGGAGCUGGUGGAGCAACCAUUACUAGGAUUUUAGUUCGUAGGCUCUAAGGCGGUGGAAAGUACUGUGAGAACGGCUAACGAACACACAAAUCUACGGAACGCAAGGCUGCGGGGCGUUUAGUUGAAUAUUUUUGGGAAAAGAAACGAAACAGAAGCGAUUGGGAAGGAGAACAAAUUAUGUUGUAAACAAGAAUACAAAGAUUUCAUUGCGUUUCGGGCCCGCUGACAGGCGCCCAAACACUUGUGUUGUACAUAGUUACAUAAUUAAUAACAAAAUAUAUUUAAUAUAUACUUACUCAUUAACAAUUAAGUCGACGAACGGUACAAGUGCAAAAAGAGAAGCAAGCAAGAAAAACCAAUUUGGGAAAAAACGAAAUGAAGAUGACAAGAGGAAAACAUGAAAAUAAUAAAGAAAUGCUCUGCAAUAGAAGAA